CACACUGGCAGGUUUAAAUGUAGAAACACUUUUAUUUGCUGAAAAAAUUUUAUUAUCCUGAAAAAUCACUUCUAAUUACAUCCAUGUUGUCCUGAGCAGCAAAGUUUGUGUGUGUGUGUGUGUGUGUGUGUGUGUGUGUGUGUGUGUGUGUGUGUGUGAAUGUGUGCGUGUGUGUGUGCUUGUGCGUGCAUGUGUGUGUGUGUGCUUGUGCGCAUGUAUGUGUUCAGUAGAAAGGUGCGGCAUAGAUGAUGGUGACGAGUUAGAACUUGUUGUUCUUCCACACUGCGCUCAUGUUGUUCUGACAGAGAGGAGAAGAUUGAACUCGACUUAGAAGAAAGUGGAAUGAAUGUGCUUCAGAAGAAGGUCACACUCAUGUGAUGGUUAUAAAGAAGUGCUGAGUGUCGGGGAUUAGUUCACCAACCUCUCGAUCUCAACAUCUUACUUCUCUGUUCUGAACAAUCCGUGUUGUGUGGUAUUCAGAGGAAACACAAGAUUACAGCUCCACAACCUCGGCCAAUCAGAAGUUAGAACGGCAGUGGGGGCGGGAUGAAGCUCAGCGGAGAUGAGAGUGAAGCGUUUGAUUGACACUAAAACUGUCCAAUGGGAGAAGAGCGCAACGGAGCGAAAAAAACGGGAAUCCACCCAGAGACAAUUAGAGGAGAAAAAAGCGGAUAAAGUUUGGAGUGUGUGAAAGUGCGUCUGCGGUGCGGAUGUGCGCGGAAUCACAAGCGCUUUUCUCCAGAAACAUGUAGAUCCGCCGCCACGGGGAGCUGAAGUAGGAACUGUGGAAUUGCAGGAGGACUCAAAGUGGGUUCGGUUUGGAAUAAAGAUAGAUCUUUCGGAUAAAAGCGCUCAGGAAGUUAUGGGAAGGAAGUAAAAGUGCACGCGGAGAUGAGAAGAGCAGAGGAGAUGGGAUGAUGAUCUACACUUUACCACUUCUGAGCAGAACAUCUUGGAGCUUUGGAUUUGUGAGAUUAUAAAGGUUACAUUACAGAGGUUUAAAGUUAAGAUCUGAGGUGGGUUUGUGUUGAUCUGGAGUGAGGAUGAGCUGGGAGGAAGGAGAGCUGGACUUCAAGCUGAUCUUCGAGGAGGAGCAGCAGCAUCAGGAGAGCACGGUCUCCGAAAGCCAGCUGACGUCUAUACUCAGCCAGCCAAUGGGAAUCCUUCCUUCCCCUCCACCAUCCAAUCACAGGGCUGGCAUGCAUUCCCCACCGCCGAGACGAGCCCUAGUAAGAGAGUUCAGUGGGACGUACGAGAGUCUCCCGGCUCGGUCUGUCCAGGUCUCAGAGUCCCGUGUUUUGGAGUGUCCCAGUAUUCAGAUCACCACCAUCUCCCCUGAUGAUGAAUUUAUACCAGAAGGGGGAACUUAUUGGGACAGAGACCGUCUCUACCUGCCACUCCUAGAUCCCUAUUGUUACCGGGAUAGCAGUAUGGGCGCGGGGUCUCUGAGCCCAAGUCCUGCCUCCAGCCCAUCUUCUCGUGGUUGGCUAAGCCCUGCGUCGAGCUGUGAUUCUCUCCUGGUGGAAGAUGAGGAACUUGGUGAAGCCACCACCCACUUCUGCCUGUCACCCUCAUCCCGACCCACUUCACCAGGAGGCAAAAAACGUAGAAACUCCCCCCUUCCCUCACCAAGCCACUCUCGUAGGGGCAGUUACACCGAAGACCAUGUCCCAUUUUUGGAGAUAGGAGAUUCUGCCCCCCAAUCUCAGGACCACAUCGAGCUAAGUAUCCCUCAGAAAACCAGGAAGACCUCAUUGGAGCAGGUAUCCUCCCGAGACGUGGAACUGGAGCAGAUUUGUGCCCCAAAUACAUCCUGCCCCCCCUCAGACCUGGGGCAACUCAGGAGGGAGCCUCCCACCCUGGGCAUGGACUAUCUAUCUGUACCAAAUACCCUCGGCUGGGGAAGAAACCGCACCAGUGCCCAUAGCCCUAUCUUCAGGUCCAAUGCGUUGCCGCCGCUGGAUUGGCCGUUGCCAUGUCAGUUCGAUCAGUACGAGUUGCGGAUCGAUGUUCAGCCUCGCCCUCAUCAUCGUGCUCACUAUGAGACAGAGGGAAGUCGAGGAGCUGUAAAGGCAUCACCAGGAGGACAUCCUGUAGUGAAGCUGUUAGGAUACGUGGAGCAUCAGUCGCUCUCAUUACAGGUUUUUGUAGGAACUGCAGACGACAGAUCGAUUCGUCCUCAUCCAUUUUAUCAGAUACACAGGGUGACUGGGAAGAUGGUUGGUACAGCCAGUCAGGAGAGCAUGCAGGCUGGAACCAAACUACUGGAGAUUCCUUUAAACCCUGAAACCAACAUGAGUGCACUUAUCGACUGUGCAGGGAUCCUGAAGUUGAGGAACUCUGAUAUCGAGCUGAGGAAAGGAGAGACGGAUGUUGGGAGGAAAAAUACUCGCGUACGAUUGGUCUUCAGGACUCACCUGCCUAUAGCUCCGCCCCUUGGCCAACCUGGACGAGUGUUAGCACUGCAGGUGGCCUCUCAGCCAAUCGAGUGCUCCCAGCGCUCGGCUCAGGAGUUGCCCAUCAUUGAGUCCAUCAGCAUCACCUCCUGUUUGGUAGAGGGAGGGGCGGAGCUUCUGGUCAAUGGCAGCAACUUCCUGCCCACGUCCAGAGUGUUGUUUAUGGAGAGGGGGACGGAUGGCAAACUGCAAUGGGAGGAGGAGGCUCAUGUGGACCGUGACAAAAGCACUGAGAAUGUGUUGUGUAUAUGUGUGCCAGCCUACAGUGAUGUGUGUGUGAGUCAGCCAGUGUGUGUGUGUCUGUACGUGUCCAAUGGCAAGCGCAAAAGGAGCAGCACACACUGCUUUAAAUACCUGCCCAUGCUGUGUAAAGAGGAAGACCCUCUGUUGUCUCGUCCGUCGCUCUUGCUGUUGGAUGGAGUGAUGCCGUUAUACCCACCCCCCUACCCUCCUGAGUACCCUCACCCCACUCCAGGGGGGUAUCAGGAUGAGUUCUGCCCACCACCCGAGACAUCGGAGGACAGGGGGGCUGUAAACGAGUGUGAUCCUUCGUUCCAGAACCUGGAGCUGGGUUUCAGUGACCUGCUCCCACCCCUGUACCCACCCCAGCCAUGGUCCGACUUCCCCUACCUGUCCUCGUCCCCCUCCCCCUCUCACUCCUCCUCCAUCAGCCCAUUUCCCAGCAGCCCCAUCUCCACCUCCCCCCUUCCCCCCCCUCUCCUACCACAUGGCCCCCCUGCCUACCACCAGGAGAGUCACGUGACCUUUAGCAGUGCCCCGCCUAUGCAUCACAUCACGCUGGAUGAAGUGAGUGAGUUUAUCGGUGAGGACAUCAGGAUGUUCCACACAGACAGCAGACCUGCGUAACACCACCAAGCUGCUCCCAUUCACACACAACACAGCAUUUUAUACUUCCGUUAUAAAGUUCCACUUCUGUACAGAAAUAAAUCCUCAACCAUUACUGAAGAAACAAAUGUUUUUUAAAUAAAUUAUCACUUUAUUAAA